CACCGGGGCCCAUCGCAGCGCGCAAGAGCGAGCCGCGGUCCUUCAUCGAGCACCAUGUUCGCCGUGCUCGCUCUUUGCGUCAGCCUCUCGCACUUGGCGAAUGGACAUGGUGUGCUCACCUGGCCACCCAACCGGCAGAACGGCAGCAUGGCCAACGCGGGUGCCUGCGCAUGGGACGAUUGCGUGUGGUAUAGCGACUUCGUGACCAUCCCCGGCGAAGCCACAGUGAACGACGAAGAAUUCCGGACUUUCAACGUCAAGGUGUCCACAGGACCUGGCGAUUGGUCCCGCAAGAACCCCUGGCGGGCGCCCGGCACGGCCAAAGUCUUCGGCUCUGGCUGUGGAGUCUAUGGUGGCCGCGAGGAUUUUGUGCUGGGCUCUUCCGGUCGCUUGCAAGGAUUCUUCCCACCAGGCGUCAACGGCCUGGAGCUGCCGGCGAAGUCUCCCACGGUGUGGCCAAAAGGCUCCACGCAGGAAGUGGCAUGGGCCAUCACGGCCAACCAUGGCGGUGGAUACUCCUACCGCCUGUGCCCCAAAGGUGAAAACAUCACCGAAGAGUGCUUUCAGAAGACCGUGCUGCGCUUUGUAGGCGACAAGCAAUGGUUGAUCUAUGGCAAUGUGACCCAAAUGGGGGACUCCAUCGGAUAUGAGUUGCCACAGCUGGAAUUGCCGCUGAAAGUCAUCCGGAAUGGAACUUUCCCCGCAGGCAGCGAAUGGGCCAGGAAUCCGAUUCCUAGCUGCUUGAUGUUUGACCAGGCGCAGUGCGAGGGCUUGCCUCGUGACCAGUACAUCUCCUGUGCCCAGGCAGCCAGUGGUUACGAUGUGGUGGUUUGCCCACCCAACUGGGUGCAGUUUCCAGAACCUUUUCCAGGUUUGAGUGGCCACGUGCCCUAUUGGCGCAGUCAUUUGGGUCCCGAUGUGCCGCAGUGGAUCAACCUCAUGGGGGGCGAACAAGGUAAUCCACCAAUGUCUCGCGGUUUCCCCAUCAGCAUCAUGGAUUUGGUGAAAGUGCCAGAGGAUUUGCCUGAGGGCGAGUACCUGUUGUCUUGGCGCUGGGAUUGUGAGCAGUCUUCGCA